CUGCGCAUGUUCAGUAUCAAAUGCGACCGUCGAAACAGGUGACUCUCCGUUAAGCUCCAUGCUUUACUUAUCAAACAAUAUGAAACCCUUAUUUGUGUUUCUGCUCUUCUGUCAUGUUGCAUCUACAGUGAAACACUCCUUGAAAUAUGUUCUUACUGCAACUUCCGGAGUCCCAAACUUUCCAGAGUUUGUGGCUGCUGUGAUGGUCGAUGAAGUCCAGGUGGGUUACUGUGACAACAACAUGAAGACCGCAGAGCCCAAACAGGACUGGAUGAGAGAUUUGAUGAAUGGUGAUCCAAAACACCUGCAGUGGUAUUCUCUGCAGUGUAUCGUCACUCAGCACUCCUUCAGAGCCUACAUUGACGGCUUGAAGCAACGCUUAAACCAAACUGGAGCCGCCCACAUUUUACAGAGGAUGAGCGGCUGUGAGUGGGAUGAUGAGACUGGAGAGGUGACUGGUUUUAAUCAGUAUGGUUACGAUGGAGAGGACUUCAUUACGUUGGACCUGCAGACGCUGACGUGGACUGCUCCAAAACAGCAGGCGUUCACCACCAAACUUAGAUGGGAUGCUGACAAAGACAGAUUAGAGGACAAUAAACAUAACUUGAUCAACAUAUGUCCCAACUUCCUGAAGAAGUACGUGCACUAUGGGAGGAUCUUUCUGCAGAGAACAGACCUUCCCUCAGUGUCUCUCCUCCAGAAGACUCCCUCGUCUCCAGUCAGCUGCCACGCUACAGGUUUCUACCCUGACAGAGCCAUGAUGUUCUGGAGGAAAGAUGGCGAGGAGGUUCAUGAGGACGUGGACCACGGAGAGAUCCUCCCCAACCACGACGGAUCCUUCCAGAUGAGCGUGGACCUGAGCCUUUCAUCAGUCUCACCUGAAGAGUGGAGGAGGUACGACUGUGUGUUUCAUCUCUCUGGUUGGAAGGACGACAUCGUCACCAAACUGGACCAAGCAGUGAUCAGGACCAACCGGGUUCCAGAGUUUCCUGCUGGUUUGGUUGUUGGAGUUGUUGUAGGACUGCUGGUGCUCCUGGUGAUCUGCAUCACUGGACUCUUCAUCUGGAGGAGGAACAAUAAUGGGUUCCUGCCUGUUAACAGGAGGCAGUGAAGAUUAGAAGAGGAUGCUGAAGUCCACAAUAUCUCUUGAUUUUUAAGACAGGAUUUGAUAUAAAACCACCUAAAGAGUACUGACAGAUAAAGCUGGUGAUAAAGCGACCUCUGAUGACUGUUACACUGAACAAAUAUGAACUGCACACACACACACAGUCUUUGUGAGAGGUAAAACUAAACAUUGUGGGCCAUCAGCCCCUCUCAGUGGGUUUCUGAAAAGAUCGAGAACAAGGUGACUAAAGUGUGCACGUCCAUGAAGCAUAUUUAUUACAUAUAUGUGUAAAGGCCUAGCUGCAUUGAUCAAAUAAUCUGCUCUUCAAUUUGUUGAAAGAGCGGAAAUUAUUGCAGAACAGGUUGAUUGUUUUUGAUCCAAAUGUAUAUCCAAAUAUAUUCAUCUUUUUUUUCGUAUUUUUAUGACAUACAAUACUGACAUACAAUAUGUCAUACCAUAGUAUUACUUUUUUCAAGAAAUACUAUACUAUGUUUUUUCAUACCUUACUAUACCUCGGCUAUCCAUGAUCAUUUUAUGACACUCUAUAGUAAGACUUUAAUGACAUACUAUAGUAUUUCUUUAUAUGACAUACAAUAAUAUGACUAUUUUCCUGACAGAUCCUGAAAAAACAUGAACAUUUUCCCAGUCAGCUGUUGAAUGUGACUGCUUCUCAGCAUAAACAGACAUCACUGGUUGUUUGGACUGUCAUUGAUGUAAUGGACUUUAUCAUUUUGUAUGCUCGAUUAAGCAACGUUACCUUUGAUAAGAUUUGUGUGGAAGGUAAAAUGCUAAAUAUAUACUCCCUUUCUUUUUCACUAAGCAGUUGGUUAGUGGAACCUUUAAUCUGUAUUUCCCCCCAAGAAUAGAGAUGAACUAUCUACAGUAUAAUUGUCUAACCAUUUCAGUAAAUCUAUGUUUUUUCUUGGUAAUUUCAAGAACUGGUGCAAGUUACCACUGAUACAGAUCUUUAAUCAUUUAAAGAAGUAAACCUACUACUUCUAGGAAUCUUAAAUCUGGUGAGAAUUCUUUUUAUCAAUGUACAGAUCAAAUAAAACACAAUGAACCAGCGUAAACACAGGAUAGUUAUCGGUUCAAGGGUGAACCAACUGAACCUGAGCUCACAAUCACAGACAGUCAUGCAGUCAUGAUGGGUUUAUUACUGACUGAUAUUUUCUUAGCUGCAGAUAAGGAAUAUAACUAAAAGACAGUGACUGAGUGCACCUUGCUAAAAGUAUUAAAUAAAGUUUAUUUAAGUUGUCUUAUUUAUUUUAUCAUUAAUACUAUUCUGUCGAAUUUGAAAUACUUUUUCGCCCUUUUUGAGAUAUAAAUGUUAAUUUUAAUGUCAUUUUUCUUUAGUUACUUGCAAGCUUUCACACUCAUGUAAACUCUGCUGUUUGAAUUAAGUUUGAUUAAUUCAAUAAAGAUACAGCUUUGUCAUGGUA